AAAACGUUUAGACCAAAACCCACCUAAACGAACAUCCCUAGCAACCAAAGACGACUCCUCCAAAUCCCCCCCUCACAGGCCCCAAAAAAGAAAAACCUUUUGGAACCCAAUUUGAACCAGUUGGGUCGGGUAGUGGGCCAAAGACCCAUAUUGGCUCAUCUUGCACCUUCUACAAGGACGCGUCCUGGAUCCCCCAAGUUCCGAACCCAAUUCCGCUCACUUCCAAUGGCAAAUCCUUACCGAUCAAGCGAAGGUCUUAGUGCGAGACAGGGCGCUAAUUCGGAUGAAAUCCAAUUGAGGAUUGAUCCAGUGCAUGGAGACCUCGACGAGGAGAUCUCGGGUCUUCAUUCGCAAGUCAGACGGCUUAAAAGUGUGGCUCAAGAGAUUGAAGCAGAAACAAGAAUUCAGAAUGAUAUCCUCUCUGAUUUGCAAAUGGCAAUGAGUCAAGCUGGGGCAGGGGUGAAAAAUGGCAUGAGGAGGUUGAAUAGAACCAUCACCCAGCAGAGCUCAAAUCAUAUCUUGCAAGUGAUUGUUUUUGGACUACUUUGUUUCAGUAUAGUUUACCUAUGGUCCAAGCUACUUAGAAGGUGAGGACCUAGUUUACUCCAAAAGAGAGUUGUCGCUCAUGAAUUAUACGGGUCUUUUGUGGCCAUCAACGUAACAUCCAGGUUUUAUGAUACAAGUUGCAUUGUAAAUCCUCCUUUGUAGUUGUAGUUGUGAAGCUCUAUUUGACGAAAGGUUUGAGAUUUUUUUUCCCCAUGCGCAAUAUAGGUCUAUAUUCUCCAA